AUGGCGUUCGGCCAUGAUGAAGCUCUGGAAUCUCUGAGAGGGUACCUUCAGGAGGAGUUCAGCGGCGUGCGGAGGGACAUAGCUGCUGUGCUGGAUGAGCUGCACCAGGCAAGGACUCAAAAAGUUGGGGGCUUCGAGGCCUUUGGUGCUCAGACCAGCGGCAUGAGCAAGCACAUGUUCACGGCGGCCGUCAGCGAGAAAGUCAGGAAGCUUUCGGCCAUGGCAUCCGAGGUCACUCCGAUCGUAAGACGAAGGAGGCUCUCCCUCCCGACGUCCUGGAGUGGUACAAGCACCCAAGAACUCCAUGAUCUCACGCAUCUGAAUCAUCUGAAGCCUCCACGGCAGCAGGCUUCGCAACACUCUAUUGAAACUUCUUCGAGCAGUGAAGGGGUGGAGGAGCUCAUCCUUCCAGCCGACAUCCCUGGCACUGUGCAAGAAGUACCUGCACCGCAACCAUCGCAACCCGUGAUCGAUGAAAACCCACUUGCAGUGAUCAAAGACGGAAGUGCUGGCGAGUCAAUACCGAGAACACUCUCGAAGAAGGAUGCAAAGUGGGUCCAGGGUCUCGAUCGGGAGGAGGCGAAGCUGAAUCUGUUUGAGCGGAAAACGGAACCUGUGGAUAUGGUCGGUCGUGGGAUGGGCCUGGUAGCUGGAGCCGACGACUUCCAUGUCAAAGUCUUUAGAUCUGCCUUCCAUAGACGAUGUUACAAUAUAGCUACAAGCAGCUCCUUCGAAAUCAUGACCAUCCUGUUAAUCUGCUCCAGUGCGCUGCAGAUAGGCUUCUCCACAAAUGACAUGGCCGAGAGGCUCGUUACAGAGACCGCCUCUGGCCAUCGGAUCUUGGAGGUGAUCUACUGCAUCGUCUUCUCCUUGGAGCUGUGCGUGCGAUUGGUGGCACACCGAUUGGACUUCUUUACGCAGGUCGGCUGGGCAUGGAACGUCUUCGAUCUGUUGCUGGUAGGCUUUCAGCUGGUGGAAGAGCUCUUGCUAGCGCUCUCUGGUCCCGAUCCUCGGGGUCCUCUGCAGCAGGUCUCCCCAACCACCCUGCUGAGAAUUGCUCGCAUCCUACGUGCCGUCAGAGUGUUGAGGGUGCUCCGUAUCGCCCUGAUGGCAUCGGACUUGAGGCUUCUCGUCAGUUGUCUCCUCUACUGCUCCCGCCCCUUUUUUUGGACCUUCGUCCUCUUGGGUUUGAUGCUGUACAUCGCCGGCAUUUACAUAACACAGCUGCUCUUGUUCUAUCGUGUGGAAAGCCAGCAGGGCCACGAACUGGAGGCUUUCUUUGGCUCGGUACCGCGCUCCAUGCUCUCUCUCUUCGAGGCUAUGACUGGUGGGGUUGACUGGGAUGUCCUGGUAGCGCCCCUUUUCGAGCUUAGCGCUGUGGUCGGCGUUGGGCUGGUCUCCUUCUUCGCUUUCGCGAUUGUGGGUGUGCUCAAUGUUGUCACUGGAACGUUCGUGCAGAGCGCGAUCGUGAGGGCCGAGGAGGUGAAGGACGUACAAAGGGCCAUGAAGGCCAGGAAGCUCUUUAGAACUCUGGAUGACAACCAGAGUGGUCAGAUCUCUUACAACGAAAUCUUGAAUCACACGAAGGAUCAUUCGGUCCAGGACUUCUUUAAAGACCUCGACAUCGAGCCAUCCGAGGCCAAGUUCCUCUUCGACAUGUUGGAUGUCAACCAAAGUGGCUCCAUCGAUUUCGAAGAGUUUCUGAACGGCUGUAUUCGUCUGCAGGGGCCUGCUAAGGCCAUAGACAUGCUUGUGGUAACACGAGAAACCCGCAUGGUUUACGACAACUUGACUCAGAACUUGCAGCAUCUUCGGGCCGAGCUCACGGUGCUAAGCGAGCGGCUCCUUGGGCAGUGGAACUACGAGGACUCUCCACCCCAGACCGGUGGGAGCACCCGAGAAGCCUUGAAGGCAGUUGAGAAGGAGAACACCAUCACGGUUAAAGCUGGAGAUCGGGAAAUUGUCCUCCAAAUCAGCAAGCCGGAGACCACGCUGGAGCCGCCUUCUCAUAGACCAGGUUCCGAAGUUCCGGAAACCAGCUUUGCUGAAGUCGGCAAUGCCACGCAGCAGGUUCUGGCCCCCCCGCGCAGCAACUUCAGCGAUUCCGUCUCGGAUCCGAGCGGCCCGAGCGGCAGAGACAGCGAGAAGAGCGCGACCCAGAUCACAGUGCGCUCAGGGCAGCAGUCAAUUGUGAUCCAAGUUCGCGAUGGGAGCGAGGAGGUGAGGUUGCCUCCCAGGGCUGAAGACAAGGCACCGGACAAGGAGUUGUCCCUAAACAACACCUCUGGCGCACCGAUGGUGUUGCCGGAAGUGGAGACGGCGAAGGCGGUCCCUGAACUGCCAGAGCCGUCGGCAUUGCCGCAGGACACCAGCCUCAGCCUCAGCCCCGAAGGGCCCGGCGGGCCUUCGCUUCGAGGUGUUCCAGGAAUCCAGGGUGCACCUGAGAGAUCCUUGCCCGAAGAGGAGGCUGCCACGACAACGAAAGGUUAUUCGGCCUAUGCCAACCUUGCCUUCCGCACGCGCUGA